AUGCCUGAACUGGCCGAAAUCUACCGCAUCGUGCACUUCAUCCGGCAGCAUCUAGUUGGCAAGACCCUAGCAAAGGUGUCCACGCAACACGAUGACAUUGUCUACGGCAAGGUUGGCACGAGCGCCGCCGAAUUCCAAAAGGCGAUGGAAGGCAAGAAAGUGAUAGGCACGGGUCAGCAGGGGAAAUACUUCUGGAUCACCAUGACCUCGCCACCCCAUGUCGUAAUGCAUUUCGGCAUGGCAGGUUGGCUAAAGAUUCGCGACGCGGACACAUACUAUUACCGCACGGAUAAGCCGGAGGAUAAGCAGUGGCCGCCAAAGUAUUGGAAAUUCUUGCUGGAAACGGAUGGGGAUCCGAAGGUGGAGGCUGCGUUUGUGGAUUUUCGGAGACUGGCUAGGAUACGGUUGGUUGAUUGUCCUGCUGAGGAGAUUCGGAAUUAUACUCCUCUCAAGGAAAAUGGCCCUGACCCCCUUGUUGAUAAGGAUGUGGUCACGAAAGAGUGGCUUGGCAGCAAGCUGAGUAGCAAGAAGGUACCGGUCAAGGCGCUUCUCCUUGACCAAGCCGUUAUAAGCGGAAUUGGAAAUUGGAUGGGCGAUGAGAUCUUAUACCACGCAAAAAUACACCCCGAACAAUACAGCAACACAUUGACAGACGAUCAAGUAAAAGAACUCCACUCAUCUAUUCAUUAUGUCUGUUCCACCUCCACGGAGGUAUUGGCAGACUCUGACAAAUUCCCUGAACAUUGGCUUUUCAAGCAUCGAUGGAGCAAGGGGAAAAAGAAUAAACAAUCCAGCCUGCCGAACGGGGAGAAAAUCACAUUCCUCACCGUCGGUGGCAGAACCAGUGCCGUGGUCCCUAGUGUACAGAAGAAGACUGGCCCUGUGGCGGGCGAUGUAAAGCAAGAGGACGAAAGCAGUGAUGAGCGCCAGACCAAGCGAAAGCGGACAACAACUAAGAAAGACACGUCCAAAACAGACAAGAUAGACUCGAGAAAGGAAAGCAAACAGUCCGUCAAACUGGAAGACGAGGACGCACUCGAAGACAAGGACACACGCCAAACAAACCGGCGCUCAACGCGGCUCAGGAAGUGA